GACCCACCUUCGCUCCUCCUACCACCGUUACCGUGGUUACAGACCGCGGCUGCCACGGCCGCCCUUCGCCUUGAUGCUUGACAAGGGGGAAGUAACGGCUUCCUGCAGCGCUUCUUCUCUAGCGCCUACCCCACUGGUUCUUUGCAGGAGCGUUUGCGACAACGACGACGCUCUCAUGCUGUCAUGCUCUCACCCUUCCUAUACCCAAAUAUCUUUCCUUAGCCGAGACAUCUGAUUACCCAUUACAACCACCAGCGUCGCCGCCACAUGCCAGGCCACCAUGCACAACCCCUCUGUCGUUACACAUCCUACUCCGCCAGCCAAUCAUUCACUUCUUCACCCAUCAUAGUGCUGUCGACACAUGGUCCAGCCUUCGACUUUCUCACGGCUUUCCGACAUAUCGCCGUCAUUGGCGGGACUAAGUCGCCGGACGGGCUUCUGUCCGGAAUAUAUGCGAGAGUCGCUGCAUGGUGGCUUUGCCAUCUCCCACCCCAACUAAUACGCCGGCGACAUGUGCCGUUCCUGACUGCAUCUAUGGAUCGACGCACGACCUUGACCUGGUUUGCUUACUGUUUAGGCGAUGCGAUUGGCAGAGGCAGUCCCGCCUUGGCCAUGGCUAGACUACUCAGUAUACCGUCUCUUGGCUUCGACGAGCACGCUGGUUCCGCCUUAACCAUCAGCCAAGCCAACGAGUGCGGGGAACGCUGUAGAGGCAACGAUACUGAUGUUGAACUCAUACUGACAACCUCAAUCUUCAAGCUCUUUUUCUUAUCAGCGGACGACCUUCUGCAUAUGGAAAGACAUGAUAUCGCAAACAAAUUUUGUAACGGACAUGGCCCAUGCAAGCAAAUUAUCGCAUCCACAUCCUACACCAUCAUGCAAGUCGUUGGGAGGUUGUUUCGACCUCUACCUUCCGGAACGGCUUAGCGAGAGCCGUCUUGCAGCAACAUGGAGACCGUCCUCAUUGGCCCAAAUCCUGUUGGUCACACUGCAUGCAUCUAUCGUUUGCGCCAACUCAUCCCGCUCGGCACGUGCAUGUGCUGAUGCACUUUCACUCAGAUCAAGUUUGCUGUUCAUCGUUGACAUGUAAGAGAUGGUCGCUACACUAACUCAUGUGCAGUGUGCAUCAGCGCGACAUAGCGGUCCGAUUAUGAGCUUCAUAGCGUGCCCUUACAGAUUGGAAUUGGAACAU